AUGGGUGUUCUUAGCUAUUUCAAGAUUUCAAAAGGCGAAAAGUCUGAUUCAAGCAAAGAGAAAUCUCCAGCUGGCCCAAAUUCUGUCGUUGAAAAUGAUUCACCUCGUCAUGGCUUUUCCGAGCCAUCACCAACUGCCUCGAGCAGGGUUAGCUUGUACAGCAACAAUCGUUUAGAUGAUAUCAGACAUCAAGUUAUUCUAAAUUAUCUUUGGCAGAAACAAAGAGGUCUGAUGUGGAUUAUGGAUAAUUCAGGACAACAUGAGGGUGUUAUGGUACGCAAAGAUAGGACAGAGUAUCUCUGUCGUCCUCCAGCCCUAGCUAGCUCCACCUUUGGUAGAGCUAUGAAGAUCAUGAACGUUUCAGCUGCUAUGACCAUUAACUCCACUGUCGUUCAACCAUUCCUCACAAGAUCGCCUGACGCUCUUGAUGUUCCUCUUACAAACGGCCUUAGGGUUCAAAUUCUACCAACGCUUGAAGACCUUCCUCGUGCUCGCAGAGCUCACUACGCUGCAUUCAUUGCUAGAGAAGCCCUCCUUGUCGUUUGGGAAGAUGAUCCAACACUUCUUUUUGAUAGAGCUAAAGCAAUCGAGGACGGUUUACUGCAAACUAUCUGGACUGCCACUGACAAUGAAAAGAGUGAAACUCUACCUCGAGCUCAGGUCAGUGAGGUUGAUGAAGAGUCAGGACAAGUUGAAGAGAGACCAAUCAUGUAUCUCAAUUCAUUCAUGGUCGGGUGCUCAAUCUGUCUUCUGGUGUGUAUUAUGGGUCUUGGGUACGCCCAGCUUGCGCUAGAGGUUGUCGUCUUGAAACAUUGGAUCUCCCUUUGCUACCUGGUCAUGACCCCAAUAUACUGCUUCUUCACACUGUUCUUCACAAACGUGGUAAUUGGUGUUCUGAUGCAAUGUUUCGGUCCAAUUCAGCAACUUUCCAGGAACACGAAAUUCUUUUCUGCCAAAGCACCACCUCGUCUUCUGACCACGACACUACCACAUGUCACCAUUCAAUGUCCUGUGUAUAAAGAAGGAUUAGCUGCUGUCAUUGCUCCAACGAUCUCCUCAAUCAAGAAAGCAAUUUCUACCUAUGAAUUGCAAGGCGGAUCCGCAAAUAUUUUCAUCAAUGACGAUGGCCUUCAGCUUCUUGAUGAAGCCACUCGACAACAAAGAAUCGACUUUUACGCUGAUCAUGGCAUUGGCUGGACCGCCCGUCCCCCAAAUGGUCAAAACGGUUACAUGCGCAAAGGAAAGUUUAAGAAAGCCUCGAAUAUGAACUACGGACUUGCGCUAUCCAAUGCUAUCGAAGAGAAACUUCAAGAUAUUGAGAGACCGGCUACUUGGACCCAAGUUGAUGAAGUUGCUGCUUUCGAAUCUUGUCUUGCAGAAGUUCUUGAUGAGAAUCCUGAAGCGUGGGCUGAAGGAAACAUCAGGGUUGGUGAUUACAUUCUAAUCAUCGAUUCAGACACUCAGGUUCCCGAAGACUGUUUACUUGAUGCUGCUAGCGAAAUGGAACAAUGUCCAGAUGUAGGCAUUAUUCAGUUCUCUUCUGCCGUCAUGCAAGUAUCGCACAACUUUUUCGAAAAUGGUAUUACCUUCUUUACCAACCUUAUCUACUCUGCUAUUCGUUAUGGUGUUGCAAAUGGUGGUGUGGCAGCAUUCGUGGGACACAAUGCAAUUCUUAGAUGGUCUGCUAUCCAGGAGAUCGCUUUCGAGGAUGAAGAUGGUCAUGAACGGUUCUGGUCCGAGUCCUGCGUCUCAGAGGACUUUGAUAUGGCUCUCCGAUUACAACUUAAGCACUAUACAAUUCGUAUGGCUGCAUGGGCGGGCGAUGGAUUCAAAGAAGGCGUGUCCCUCACCGUGUACGAUGAAUUGACCCGCUGGCAAAAAUACGCCUACGGCUGUAACGAACUUAUGUUUAACCCCAUCAGAACCUGGCUAUGGAAAUCUCCAUUCACACCUCUAUUCCGCAGAUUCAUCUGUUCGGGUAUCGAUAUCGGUUCUAAAGUUCAAAUCGUCGCAUAUAUUGGUACAUACUAUGCAUUAGGCAGUGCGUGGAUAAUCUGCGUUGCAAAUUAUGUAUUCGUGGGUCUCUGGAACGGAUAUCUCGAUCGUGCCUAUGUCGGUUCAUGGCAGAAUUGGCUCGCUAUUACCGUUGUAUUUACUGGAGCUGGUAAUGUGGGUCUUGCGGUACAACGUCAUCGUUCUGGCGAAAAGUCUUUCCUUCCUGCUAUCCUCGAAAACCUAAAAUGGUGCUUCAUGUUCAUGAUCUUCUUCGGCGGCGUCUCCCUGCACAUGUCCCAAGCACUUCUCUGCCACAUGUUCGAAAUCAAUAUGUCAUGGGGUGCCACAUCCAAAGAAGUCGAAUUUUCCAAUUUCUUCCUCGAAGUGCCCAAGAUUCUCCGAACUUUCAAGUACACAUACGCCAUGUGUAUUUUCGGUAUCGUAGCCAUGAUUAUCAUGGCCGAAGCAACGUUUCUCCCAUGGAGCUGGAAUAUCGAUGAUUUUAUCGCUAUUUUUCCUCUGGGGGUUAUGUGUGCUAGUCAUUUGUUGUUGCCUGUGGCGCUGAAUCCGGAGAUGAUGACGUUUAGUUGGUAG